AUGAGCCCUCUCCUCAUUGCUGCUCUUCUCUGUUCUCUCCUGGCCGUGUCCAUCUCAGCUCCGGUCCAGUUCAGCCCUCAGGAAGGCUUCUCUCAGCACAUGGAGCUCGCUAAGAGCUUCACCAAGAAGCUGCUCAGUGAAAUUCCCACAGUGCAUCACUCCUGCGUUGGCACUGAGGGUCUCAGUCUGGAACCGUCUGCUGAAGUGAAGAAUCUGGAGUAUAUAAUGGCAGCGCUGGCCAUUCCUGCGGCCCCCCGACUUGCCCCCAUCUCAGAGACACACACUCCGGCCAUGAGUUUGGGCCGAAUCUCUGAAGGCCUGCAGCUGCACCAGCAUCUCCUCCAGGAAGUGAAGAAAAAGCUGAAAUGCUCAGAAAAACUGACCCCUCUGCUGGCAGACCUCAGAGACCUGUCUGCUCAGGUGCACAAGCUGCAGCAGGAGGCCCAGUUGACCCCAUCAGAGCCACAGGCCCAGUCUUCCUCCCUCUCCUCCCGCCUGACCGGUGAUUAUGAGGUCCAGGUGGCUACUCACCUCGUCCUGCAGCAGCUCCGGAGUUUUGGGCAGGACGUUUUCCGCAGCUUGCGACACAUCUUCACACAAUCUGCACUCGGAGCCUGA